AUGGCUGCUACUCCCUCUAACAACAACACAAUGAAUAACACUGCUAUGAACAACUACUCUGGUCCUCAGAUCUCCUCUGGCUUGGAAGCCGAACACGACAACAACAACUUCUUGCAAAAGAACACUGGUGACCGUACCAACGCUGGCCACAAUAUGUCCAACCCCACCUCUGGUCAUCACGACAAGAGCAACAUCACUGGCCCCACUGGCACUGCCCAUCCUACUACUGAAGCUAAUUCUUCCUUUGGUCUUGGUGCCGAUCGUCACGGUGAUGGUCCGGCUGUCAAUCAACACACCGCUUCUACCCAUCAGCCCGCCACUGGUGGUUCCCACCAUCAGUCUUAUGGACUUCCUGGAUCUCAACAAAACACUGGAAGCGGUAACGUUCAGAACCAACAUCCCAUCACUCCUCAUGCCAACGCCACUGGUGGCGAAAGAACCAUGGACCCUGUCUCUACCGGCACAACUGGCAUUAGCGGUUCUCGCGAUCCUAUGUCUUUAAACAACGAUUCCCAUCACAAUCGUGAUCCUAUUUCUACUGGUGCCUCUGGUACCCGCAACCCUAUCUCCACCGAAGGCAAUCAUCACAACGACUUGGGCCGCAAUAGCCAUAACCACCAUACUCCUGCCGCUGCUGCUGGUGUCACUGGCGCUACUGGUGCCACUGGCGCUACUAGUGCCACUGGCGCCACUGGUCAUCAUACCGGAGCUACUGGCCCUAUUGGUGCUUCUGGUCUUGCUGGUUCCGCCGGUCAACAUAACGGCUCUACUGGCCCCACUGGUGCUUCUGGCCUCACUGGUUCCACUGGCCAUCAUGGUUCUACUGGCCCCACUGGUGCUUCUGGCCUUACCGGUUCCACUGGCCAUCAUGGUUCUACUGGCCCCACUGGUGCUUCUGGCCUUACUGGUUCCACUGGCCAUCAUGAAACAACUGGCCGUACCGGUGCCGGUGCUGCUGCUGCUGCUACUGGUGCUGCUGCUACUGGUGCCGCUGGCGCAAGUGCCAACAAGCAUGCUGGUGACCUUCAUCAUUCUACUGGUCCCAAGGAUACUACUGGCCGUACUCAUGGUGCUACCGGUGUUGGCGCUGCUGCUGAUUCCGUCGAUCAUCACACUGGCAAGCAUCAUGCCAACGAUGCCACCGAUGGCGCUGCUCACCACAAGCCAUCUGUUGGUGACAAGAUCAAGGGCAAUUUGGAGAAGUUUGCUGGCAAGGUUACCGGAGACGAAGCCAAGGUUGCCAAAGGUGAUGAAAUCGCACAUGGCACCAGCCCCACUCAGCAUUAAAUUGUAAUUGUAAAAAGCUUAUCUAUAUGAGAUACCAGUAUAUGUAAUCUACAUAAUUAAAAUCUUUGGGAAAUUUACUGUAUAUUAAAAUCUUUGGGCACGUUAAAUCAUGCACGGUCUCUGAUUAGCU